UUCUGCAGCAUCCUGCGAUCGUCAGUAGACGAUGACCAUUCGGUGGCGUCACAUCGUUCCUCGAUCGUAUACAUAAAUUGCUUUCCCUGACGCGAGACAGACAUGUGGAAUCGCGCGUUUAUUCUAAUCCUGGUGACCGCUGCGCCCUGGGUGGCCUGCUUGUGGCAUGCGGACGCGGGUCCAUGGUUUGAAGCCACAAAGGGCGAAGUCUGGCCCAUGCCAAAUUCGCGUGUGGUUAAAGAAGACUUUUAUCUGUUGCGACCAUCUAACUUUGAUAUCCGAGUAAACGGCGAGACAUGUGAUAUAGUAACCGAGGCGAUAGAACGGUAUAUGAGAAUUAUUUUGACGGAAGCAAGGAUAGCGAGGUUAGUCACGGAAGGGCCAAGAACAUACGUUCGGGAUGAUUCCCACUUCAAAGGCACUCUUGAAGCUCUAAGCAUACGACUUUUACAACCUUGCGAACAGAAUGGUGAUCAUUGGCCGCACUUGUAUAUGAAUGAAUCUUAUAAACUCGAGAUAAAUGAAACGUCAUCCGUCGCCGUUCUCCGUGCCGAAUCCGUCUGGGGAAUCCUUCGAGGCCUCGAGACUUUUUCGCAGAUAUUGGCACCGUCCGGGGACGGCCCGAGCUUGAAAGUAAAAUGCCAGACUAUCGUGGAUGAGCCGAAAUUACCGCACCGCGGUCUUUUACUGGAUACCUCUCGCCAUUAUCUACCUCUGUCUGACAUCCUGUUGACACUGGAUGCUAUGUCAUACAACAAGCUGAACGUUCUUCAUUGGCACAUCGUCGACGAUAACAGCUUCCCAUACCAAAGCACCAGGUAUCCCGAUCUAUCCGCUAAAGGCGCUUACCAUCACUCGAUGAUCUAUACGCCUAACAACGUGCAAAAGGUUGUUGAUUACGCGAGAUUACGAGGAAUUCGAGUGAUGCCCGAAUUCGACACACCUGGACAUACUAGAUCGUGGGGUCUCGCCCAUCCGGAAUUACUAACCGUAUGUUAUGACUCUUCCGGGAAGCCGAACGGUAAAUUAGGUCCGAUGAAUCCGACGAAGCCGGCGCUUUACGAUUUUAUACGAAACUUGUUCUCCGAGAUCGUGCAAGUGUUCCCGGAUCAAUAUCUCCACUUGGGUGGUGACGAAGUACCCUUCGAUUGCUGGGGCAGCAAUCCGGAAAUUGGCGAGUACAUGAAAUCGCACAAUAUGUCCAAGAGAUACGAGCUGCUCGAAAACCAAUACAUAGCCAAGAUACUCGCGAUCAGUAAGUCGCUAGAUGCCAAUGCUAUAGUAUGGCAAGAAGUUUUCGAUAAUGGCGUCGUCCUACCCACAACUACCGUGGUGCAUGUUUGGAAAUUACCGAGUUGGCAAAAGGAACUCGAGAGAGCGACAAUCGCGGAGCAUCCGGUCUUGUUAUCCUCUUGUUGGUAUCUGGAUCAUCUCGCGAGCGGCGGCGAUUGGGAGAAGUUUUAUAAUUGCGAUCCCUUCGACUUUGCCAAUGCGGCCAAUGCUACUCAUUUAAUGCUCGGCGGCGAAACCUGCAUGUGGACAGAAUUUGUUGAUAAAAAUAACGUACACUCGAGGAUCUGGCCACGUGCGAGCGCAGCAGCCGAACGUUUGUGGAGUUUUAACAAGCAAGAAAAUAAAGUUGCGGCUACACGUCUGGAAGAGCAUGCUUGCCGUAUGAAUAGACGCGGUGUCCCCGCCCAGCCGCCGAAUGGAUCAGGAUUCUGCGUGACAUAGUCAGUUUCCUGUCAAUUUAAUGCCCUGUUUAAUUCGUGUAAUAUAUUAUAUGCUCGCGUUGCGAGACGAAUUGUCUUUUUGCGUUCAUUCAUUCAUCGGUAUUCAUAUGUUUCUUAAUAAAUAAGUUGAUAUAUGUAUGUAAGUUUGUACUUUUUUCACGUAUAAAAUUAAAUAAAUUCAGCAGCAAUAUUCACAAUCAUGUAUUAAUAAUAAUUAAGAAUGCUAUAAAUAAAUAAGCGCCGAAACUUUGAAAGAUAAUUACGUGUGUAUACUAUAUACACACGUAGACAUAAAUUAUUAUAUAAUUAUAAUAAACUAUAAAUUCAAAACA